AUGAACAGAAGAAAAAAGGCAAAAACUGAACAGGGAAACGUCUCACUGCGUACAGUGCUUCUGCUCUCGGUGUUCGCGGCCGUCGACAUAGCCGCCAGCACGGGUUUUGUGCUUCUUAGGAUCAUCAUGUACGUGAUGCGCGACAGACUGUACCCGAUGACGAUGCGCACACCGUACAUCACCGAAGCCGAACAGUUCGCGGCUUUCACGGCGUUGCGGCUAACCACGCUCAAGUCCAGCUGUGGUACCACCGACGUGUUGGUGUCCAUCGUGGUCGGGUUCCUCACGGGACUCCGGAUAUAUAGUGUUGCCUGCGUCAUUUCAUUCUACAAGAAGGCCAAGAAUGGGGCACUAAGUGCAUUUCAAAAAGAGUUUUCGAACAACGCCGACUAUUUUUCCGAGCGACUGGAGAGGUUGAAGGACGUCGAGGAUUACGUGCCCAAGCCCAUGGUGCCUCCUAUGCAACAAGUUCGAAAGUCUUCCUUCUAUGUCAAUGGACGUCCUCCGGGAUCCGAGCGUGGCGGCAUCUUGGGCGGCGGCGUCGGAGCUGCCCGGCUCACCUGCCUGAGCCCCACGGCGUCGACCAUCUGCGGCGGCGGCGGCGACGACUGCCCCGAGGUCAAGAUCCAGGCGGCCGACAUGCCGCAGGAGAUGCAGAGGGCCGCCGUCGAGUCCGCCAACCAGGCGGUCAAACUCUACUCGACCGAGAAGCACGUGGCCGAGAGUAUCAAGCAGGACUUCGACCAAAUGUUCCAGCCCACGUGGCACUGCGUCGUCGGUCGCAACUGGGGAAGCUGCGUCACACAUUCCAAGCAGUGCUACGUGCGCAUGGCCUACAGGGACAUGACAAUCCUGCUGUACAGGUCCAUCUGAGUUAUCGGUUGUUGUUUGUCCAAGACUACGGGAAAGUCGUCCUCGUUAAAGCUGCCUACACCCGUGGGCCCUUAGCCCCCAUGUUGGUGUGCGGAAGGUAUAAAGCUGCAUCGACUUCUAUAAAGUCAGUUUACUUUUACCCUAGGGCAGGAUCGCCUGUAUUAAGGUCGGUUAAUCCGCGCCUUUAGUCUCAAGCCUCAGAACGGUAUGCUGGGGGGUUCGAAGGGACUGCAUUCAUCAACCUCUAUACGGUAAACGAAAACGAUCAAAGUCAUCUUUCUUUAAAUCGAGUUAUUUGUGCCUUUAUUAUCAUGCUUUAUCAAAUUGUGUGGUAGGUUCGACGGAACAACUGGCGUCAACGACCGUAGGUUCAUUCGAACAGUGUUCCUCAGGGACCACAAAAGUAUUCGUCCGGAAUGUUGUCGGAGCGAACCGCUGGACGGCUGUGCUAAUCUGUUCUUCUUGGAGUUGUUCGCGUAAGUGUUUACCAUCGGCUGGAACUGCGCGGAAAUCAAAGGUACUAUAUAUCUCGACGUCUAAGAGAUCAAUGAACCGAUUACGACACAAAGCCUUUCAGAGUUGACAUGUUAUAUGCUUCAAGGAUGGACGAAUGUAAUCUUGGUUUUUGAAAUCAUUAAUCUAAGUCUUAGGUUUUAACGAUCUACAUUUCUCGCGGUAAUCUCAGUGAGACGGCAUUUGGUUCACCACCACCAAAAGAACAAAAUACAUUUUGUGAAAUUCUUGAAAUCUAAUGCAGCAUGCUGGUCUUGUAGUUACAUGCUCUGCACAUGGUUAUUUUGGCGAAAAGUAAAAUAUUUAAGGAAAAAUCUAAAAAUAGCACUCUGUGCGGGUAUCCCACGUCGCUUUAUUUUAGUAUUUUACUUCAAAUAUUUUUUAAAGAUGGUACCAAUACAUUCUGCGCGUGUACCUAUAAACCCAGCAUGUUCCUUUAUGUUCCAAUCACUUAGUAAAAAAAUUCUUCGAAUAAAUGUGCAUCCUAAUUGUCUGUCAGAUAUUUUAUGUUGUUCUUGUAUAGAGUAUUUGAAUUGAUCAUCGGUAUUUGUGAACAUAUAGUACUGAGGGUUUGACUAGAGUACGUGUACUGUGCAGGAGGAAGCUAUGAGGUUGGAGCGCUUUGCUCAGCCUGGCGAAAUGGGCGAACACAGCUGGCAUCUAACUAGCACCGCCCUUGUUCAGUGUUUUGUUUUUUGUUAUUUUUUUCAUCUCACACAAUUUUCCUCGCAACGUCGUGCAACUACCCCAGAGCUUGUGGCAGUAAAUCGUACGCACGUCCAAGUAAUUUUUUCUUCUUUUUUGUUUUAGUUUUUUUACGCGUCAAUUUUCUGUUCGACAGACUUUGAUAAACGCUCAAAUCUCAAUGUAUGCGUGUACUGUAGAGAGAGAAAGAAAAAGUGUUCUGACAAAAAUGACGUAUGACAGAUCAUCGUUAUCUUGAGAUUGCAGACAUAACUUGCACAGCUAGGCUAUAUAGAAAUCAUUACUGACAGUUCACUAAAGCGCCGAGUUUGAGUGCCUUAAAUAUACAGCGACAGUACCGUCACCUUUCUCGUGUACUUGCAAACAGGCGUGCGCUCGAUUAUAUCGCAUAAAUUCGCAGAUAGCAGCUAUCAAGGAGACUGUUCUCACUGUUUGUUCAGCAACGUCUAGCACUGAACAAGAAUGCCCCAUAGUACUGACUAGCAAAGCCGCCCUUUUUUAUAUCCGCUUAUGGGGGCAAAAUGGCACUCUAAAACGCGCCGUCAAAACGACUGUGUAACUCAUACUAGAUACAAAUUGAUGACAGCGACGGCCCCUCUUCUCGAACGCGCUUCCCCAAAGCCUCUCAUUUAGGCAUCUGGACUCGAUCAUAUCAUUGUUCGUGCAACCUCUAGUAUAGGAGUAUUAUUAGUAAAUCCAGAAUGUCUUGUAAGGUUUUUGUAAGCUCGGCUGGUUGGUAAACGCUCCGUAUAUUCAUCAUAUACAAGAACAUCCCUCAUAACACGAAAGGCCUAUUUCACGGAUCACCAGUACGAAGCACCUUAACAUCGAUCGUUCCCUACAGCGUAGAAGGUCGCUAAAUCACGCAUCCUUCCAACGUCUGGCUGUAUCAAGGACGGCUUUUCAAAAUGUUUGCGUCAAUUCGCACUUGUUCGCACUUUUACUUUCAACUCAAACUUCGAGUCACAAUUAUAAUACUAAGAGAAAGUUUCCUGCCGUGUAGCUGAAAGGCUCGUGCAGGCUGCUGUGGGUAUACGAAUAAAAACAAAAAUUAAUAAGGCACACGAACUUGGUUGAGAGAAGUUGGAAAGGGACCUCUUCAAAGACUCCCAGAGGCCUCGAUGUUCUGUUAAUAGAGGUUUUUGAAUGCAUGGAGUCAUUCCAUUUUUCGAGGUGUAGGUCACCACAACGAGAUUUGUAGAAGUUUUUCCUCUCAAGUGCGUACAGAUGCUUAUUUAUUGACAUUUUACAUACAAUUUAAUAAAACUCCUGCUAUGUUAAAAUAAGAAAGAGAUAAAAAAAACUAUUGUGUAGUGCGGAAUUCUAAAACAAAUAACUUCAGGUGGUGAUUGUUUCGUGUCUUUUCAGGAUGCUGUAUGAAAACACUGUUGAGCAUUGCCGUUGAAGGUUAAUUGUUUUUUAAGCUCGUAAACUGUCGUGCCACCAUUCACAUAUGCGUCCAAGGGAAGUUACAAAGCUUCACAACCAAUACUGAUGAGGCCUGUAACUGCAAAAGUUUGGAGCUCACCCCGAUGCCUUGAACGUGGAAUUUUUUACUAGAUAAACUAUUGAAGCCUUCGAACUUGCACUAUUUUAUUUAUUCCACCGACUUCGUUUUUUUUUUAUUUCUACCAAGUUUCUAAACGCCCGCUAGUAGUCGCAUAAACUAGAAAACGUCCACUGUGGUCUCGUUAACACUCUUCUUUCUCCAGUUGAGGAGACGGACGAUAUGUUGUACAAUAGUUUGUGACUCGAGUUUUCGCACUUAUUUAUUACGAUUCAUUAACUAACGUAAGUGAUGUGUGUAUGCAUUGUCAACCGUGUUAUUUAAGUGAAACGAGAAGACAAAAUAAAAUACCGCUGUCAAAAAAAAAAAGGGUUGUUAAGUGCAUAUGUGAAACGAGUGUGUGUAAUAACGCGCGACUGCAAAGCGAGUGCGAAUAUGAGAUUCUUUAGGUGUGGAGUGAAUGUUGACUAAUUACCGGGGAGCAAGCUUUCGCACUUUGCCGGGUUUGUGCUGUAAACAAAUCUAAGAAAUAAAAAUGAUCCA